CGCCAUCAAGACGUUGUUGGUUCUCACAGACCUCAACGAAGAACUUUCCAGGAUUAACUGAAGGAAGAUCUUCUGGUUUUAGUUCCUAGGACUUUUACUUGGUGUUUAUCAUGAGACUACUCUGUGUUUUGCCGAUAAUCGCUGCAGUUCUCGUAUCAGGGGAAUGCAGAGUCUUCAGUUCAUUGUUCAAUGAUUCAGAUGACAAAGAAAUAGACACUAAUUGUCUGGAUAAAGACGUCGACGCCUAUUUAGAUAAGGUGUUGGAGAGGGCCAGAAAGGAACUUCCAGAUCCAAUGCGAUUACCACCACGAUCGACAAUAGUGGAACUGCACGAGGGCGUUCUUUGGGGAAUGUCUACACUCGAAAGAUCAGGACCGAGUAAAGUAACAUGCGAAAACUCGACGGUCACGAUAAGUGGAAAAUUAACUGUGGAGGAACUAAAGGGCCGUUAUACUUGGAAAAAGGAACGUAAAAACAAUGAUGCCAAGGAAGGUUACAUUGUUUUCAUCUCGGAUGAUUUCGAAGCCGAUGUCGAGAUCGUCAUCGAGAGGCAGGAGGGCGAAGAGACUCAUCCCCGCCUUACACGCUUCGAAAUCAAAAAAUUCAAGAAAGCCAGAAUAGAAAUGACAGGCGGUUUCUUACCAUGGCUUUUGGGUGAAAUGGGAACUCUUAUAUCCGGAAUUUUCCAAAGGGCUAUCGGCUGGGCCGUACAAGAUCCUCUCAAGGAAGCUCUGGAAAGGCAGAUGCGGGAUAUAUCGCUUGAUUAAAGCCAAACAAAUGUUAAGUUUACUGACACUGAAGUUGCCUGUUAUUGUUUACGUCUGUAAUAUCUAAUAAAUAAUGAUUUAAGCUUUGA